AUGCUUUUGGCUGUUGAAAUGAGACGAACAGAUGAACAUGGUCAUAUGGGAUUGAUGGUCGACGUUGUACCGUGUGACAAUUGUGUUAUUACUCGUGGAAGCCGCGCAUUUGUCGUGGGCAUUUCCAGUGAAGAUGCUAAUCGAGUAAAAUACUAUUGUUCAACUUGUUAUCCUGUACUUGACAAAUUGACAGAAUCACAGUUGAAACACAUGCGAAAGUGUGCACAUAUAAUAGAAACUGAUGAUAUACAUGACGAAGAAACCUUGAGUUUUGAUCAGUCGCCAAAUAUUCAAGACAACGAACAUGCUAUUAU